ACACUCACCGAGAGCAGCCAGGGAACUGAAGAGCGUCAUCGAAAGACUCAAGUUGAGGUCGCCGUCGAGGAGUCGGGUCCAGGCGUUGGAGGCCCCUCCGCCCGGACAGCAGCCGCUCACGAACAGACCAAACCCGAAAGCAGGAUUGAUUGGAGUCAGUUUGGCCAGGGCUAUGGCCACCUGCAAAAGCGAGGUCGUGGCGGUAAAACCAGCGCCACCUCACAUGCCACUCCCACCCCUCAACCCAAUUCCUCACAUUCGUGUACUUCGAACCUGCAGUCCUCUUCUGGCGACUACGUUGGGAUCUACCGACGGGAGACGCGCCAGUACCUCACGGUUCCACGCUACUACGGACGAAGCCUCGAUCCGGAAGCGGUCUGCAACAACGCCCUCAUGCCAUUCCUCCAGGGCGAUCCCCAACUUGCCCAAGUCUUCGUCACUAGGGUCGAAGCUCUGCGUGCCAUCUUUGUGGACCCCCCAGUGCCACCGUUCGCCUUCUACUGCUCCUCCCUCCUGCUCGCUUACGACGAGAGCCGAUCGCGAGUUUCCGUGAAGUUAGUAGACUUUGCCCACUGGCGACCGAUAAUGGGAGACGUGGUCGACCCCUCGGGACUCCUACAUGGCCUCAACACCCUCAUCGAGUUUCUCUCGCUCGACUCGUCUACCGUCGCGUAUUCGGCGCCGUUUGCUGUCAUUUAA